AUGUAUGAAAGACGUCCAACUCGAGGAUCUGGGUCUGAUUCCCAAGUAACAGACUAUAAUAUUGUUAAAACACAGCAAUUAAUUGACGGUCAUGUUGAAAAAUACUGCCAUUUUGCUGGAGUUGUGAAAGACAUUAAUCCCCACAUUGAUAUCACUAAUCGUACUGAUGUACUCAGACUAAUUGAUAUGGGAAAACAACAUGGUCAUAUUAUCUAUCAUAAUGUCAGUGAACGACUUUCUGUGUUUAGUCUCAGUGUGAAUAACAUUAAAAUAAUCCCAGUUCGAAAUGAAGAAUUACCCAUAUUUUUACGUAUUUCUAUGCAGGAAAUAGCUGCCAUUUGUUACAUUAAGGAUGAUGCACAGCAUAUUCUUGCUAUAAAAUAUGGUUCUACUAUUUUAUGUCACCUGGCAGUAUUGUAUGUUGAUAGUAAACAUAUAGCAGAGGAAAUCUGUUCUUUGGUUGACGUGUGUUUUCAGUUGAUUUAUAUGGAGGCUGCUAUUGAUAUUAUAGAUACAUCCAAUCCUGGUGAUAGUUCUCGUAGCAACUCGACAGGGUCAGCUAAUCCUCCAUUCAUCAGUCCAUCAUUUCGUCCUAUUUCUCAAAAUGAUGUGAACCAGAAUCCAAGUAGGCCAUCUUCUAUUCGUCGUCAUGGUCGCCGUGUUCCCAGUGAUCCCAGUACAAGAGGAAGCGAUACUGGCAGUAUAUUUCAAGAAUUGUUGCAUGAUUACAUGGUAAAACUACAUCAGAAACUAAAUUCUGAAGAACUUCGACAAUUUGCAUCUUAUCUUCCACAAUUAACGAAAUCGAAAAAUGAAUUUGAGGAAUUUUGUGAAAAAAUUUAUGACCUGUAUGGACCUAACAGAAUAUAUCUUCUAGCAGAGAUGAGCCCCUUUAUUCCUCAAGAUAAUUACCCACAUUUUGAAGAGUUUUUGAGAAGUAAGGGACUGCCUCUACCAGAUAGUGGUACCAUAUCAAGUGCCCACAGUAAUCCUGCCUUAUCAGCCCCAUUUAGCGACAGUGGGUUAGGUAGUGGCAAUGAAAGUUUAGAACAUAUUAUGCAGAUUAUGUCACAUGUUCAUACUUUAGAUGCAAGUAAUGAUGUGGAUUAUAGUCCAGAUAAAUUCAUGCCUGGACCAGAUUAUAAUAGUUAA